GGUCUUGUUUGUCGCCGUCGCCAUUUUUCUUGCAGAGCAGAAAAUAAUAAUUUACGGUGCCUUCAGCAAAACAUAUAGCUGAAACGACAUUUAAUCUAGCAAAUAGUGUUUGGCCUAGCCAUCGCAAUAGUGUAUAGACAAACGUACGGGAUAAGUAUAAAAAAAUCCAGUACGAAACAACACAGACAUUAUGGAAAUCGUCAAUCCAAAUGCGGCAAUUCUUACAAACUUCGAGGUUAUGACGGCGCUCAAGAAUAUGAAAAACAACAAGAAAAAAUACGGGCUACGUAAUCUCGCCACGAUUACUUAUGAAACGGUACAGUAUUUGGAAGACACGGCGUGCAAGGACCAAACUUCGGCCAGCAUCGUCGAGUUCCUGCAGGUCAUGAAGGAGUUCAGUCUAACCAAGAACGAGUGUCUGAUGAUGGUGAAUGAUCCACCGUCAUCGCCGCUACAUAUCCAGCUCAUGAUCGAGGACUCUGACGAGCGUUUAACGGAGGAGCAAGUUAGCCGGAUUCUUGAGCUUACCGCCAAACUAAGGACGACGGCCGCGUUAUCGACUGACAUGGAGAUGAUACAAGCGGACAGUUAGUUGUUGUCGUUUUUUUUCAUCUAUUGAAUUAAUUCAGGGGGUUUCUCAAUCGUGAGAGUCUAAGACUGUGUCGUUGUAAACAUAUUUGUACAAAUCA